GGACUGCACACUGUCUGAGAUGAGACAUGCACGGUUGUCCUCGUUGCUGUGAAGCAGCCAUGUGGACGUGGAGGAGGCUGCAGGUGAAGGUGCGAGCUGCUGGAGGGCUGCUUACCUGCAGACAACGACCCACGUGGUCGGGUGGACGACUACCUUCAUGUCAAAGCCUGAGCACAUGCACACCUCUCAGGAAUGACUUCUUCAAAGAUCUGGAGACCCAGUUGGCGGCCAUGCGGAAGAAGGCGUCGGACGCUCUGCCUGGGAGCAGCUGGAGCCCCCUGGAGAUAAACCCGGACCUUCCUCCGGAGAGGGCCGACAUUGUGAUCGUCGGAGGCGGCGUGAUAGGCUGGUCCAUCGCCUACUGGCUGAAGCAGAAGGAGAGGGUGCGAGGAGGGGUGAAGGUCAUCGUGGUGGAGAAGGACCUAACAUACUCCCAGGCCUCCACUGUUCUGUCUGCUGGGGGGAUCCGACAGCAGUUCUCUCUGCCUGAGAACAUCUACCUCUCCCUGGCCUCCGCAGACUUCAUGAGGAACAUCAAUGAACACCUCGGCGUGCUGAAUGAAGACCCAGUGGACCUCCAGUUCAACCAGUCAGGAUACCUCUUCCUGGCCAGUGAGGAGGUGGCUCACAUCAUGGAGGAGAACUACAGCGCCCAGAGGUCCGCCGGAGCCAAAGUGUCCCUUCUCUCUCCGACUCAAUUAAAGCAGAAGUUUCCGUGGAUAAACACAGACGGCGUGGCGCUCGCUUCAUACGGUUUGGAGAACGAGGGCUGGUUCGACCCCUGGACUCUGCUGAACGCCUUCAGGAGGAAGGCCAUCUCCAUGGGAGUCAUUCAGUGCUGCGGAGAAGUCACAGAUUUUAAAUACACAACCAAACAUACUACAUCCACUGAUGGUGAUCAAAUGGAGCUCAGGAGGAUCACAUCUGUCAAAGUGCAGAUGCCCAACAGUCUGGAGUACCAGCCGGUGGAAUGUGCCAUUGUGGUGAAUGCAGCAGGAGCCUUUUCUGCUAAACUGACAGAGAUGCUGGGAAUCGGCUCCGGUCCCAGAGACUCCAUCGCUGGAAUCCCGCUGCCCGUCGAGCCUCGCAAAAGGUAUGUGUAUGUGGUCCACUGUCCUGACGGUCCAGGUCUGGACACGCCCUUCAUGAUUGAUUACUCUGGAGUUUACUUCAGGAGAGAAGGGUUAGGAGGAAACUACAUCGCUGGGACGUCGCCAGAGGAGGCGGAGGAGCCAGACACCAGUAACCUGGAGGUGGACCACCAGUUCUUUGAGGAGAAGAUUUGGCCCAGCUUGGCCUCUCGUGUUCCAGCCUUUGAGAAGCUGAAGGUGACGAGUGCCUGGGCCGGUUUCUACGACUACAACACCUUCGACCAGAACGGCAUCAUCGGGAUGCACCCGCUCAUCAACAACAUGUACUUCGCCACCGGUUUCAGCGGCCACGGCCUGCAGCACUCCCCCGCGGUGGGCCGAUCCGUGGCCGAGCUCAUCCUGGACGGGAACUUCACCACGCUGAACCUGAGCGGCCUCAGCUUCCAGCGGAUCCUGGCCCAGGAGCCCAAGCUGGAGAAGAACAUCGUGUAGAGGAACCAGAACUCUGGACGCCUUCAUGACAUAUUUUUACAGCUUUGGUCUCGAUUUUUGUAGUUUUGAACAUUAUUCCGAUCAGUGAUGAAUGACGUUGAACUCACCGGAAUAAUAACAGAAUCAAGGUGUGACAUUAUUUCAGAUCCACAGAGGGAGCAGAUCUGGGUUGUUGUAAUGUGUCGACAAAAUGGACAUUGACACCAAAAAUACGCGAUCUGCUUCCUGUUUCCUAUCGACAGUCAGUGAAGGAAGAAGUACUCAGAUCUUCCUUGUACAACUAGCAACAACACAUUUCAGAAAUACUCUGAAUGCAGGACUUUUACUUGUAACAAAGUAUUAGUAUCUGGGCUACACGGUAACAUUACAUUACAUUACAGUCAUUUAGCAGACGCUUUUAUCCAAAGCGACUUACAGUCAGUAGUAUAUUACAUAUCAUUCACCCAUUCACACACUGAUGACAGGCUACCAUGCAAGGUGCCACCAUCAGACUCUAACUAACAUUCAUACAACAUCCAGUCCACACCGAUGGCAAGCCUUCAGGAGCAACUUGGGGUUAAGUGUCUUGCCCAAGGACACAUCGACUGCCGAAGCCGGGUAUCGAACCACCGACCCUCUGAUUGGAGAACUACCUUGCUCUCCACUACACCACAGUUACCAGGUUGCGAUUUUCAAACGUUUUUAAAAAAUGGUGUAAGAGCCAUAUUAGACUUCAUAAGAUGUGUUCAGUUAUAUAGUAACGAAAAAUGUUGAAAUGCUCCUUUAGUUACGCUACUGACGACGUCAUAGCCAAUAGCCCUCAGUUGAGGUUAAUCAGUCUGCAGAGCAAGACAGUUUUUUGACCGUAGUGCCAAGUUGAGCACAGAAUGAAUCUUGUAACUUUGUUUUUUGUCGAGUAAACUUUUAAAAUGGAGUUACUGCCUCUGAAGAAUCAUUUCGCGUCAAGCUCAUUGCAAAUACGCAGACUGUUACAGUAGUGGUAAUGUGGAUCACCAGACAGAGAGAAGAAUGCUGCUACAAAUGGCAACCAAUUCUUAUCAAAAAAAUAGAGAGCAAAAUGUACCAGAAAGUAAAUAUAUAUUUUUUAUAUUUGUUGCAUUAGUGAUAUUUAAAUAUCGCUGUCACAGUCAGAACCAGACAACGCUGCAUAUGCUUUUACAAUCGUGAAGAAACAUGUUUUCUGACAUCAAAUGUGCAAAUUGACAAAAAAAAACCCAGAUGAACCUGAACGAAAGACAAAGAGGAAUAUGCUGCAAAGUAUGUAGAACAUCCACAUUUUCCUUAUUAAGCUGACGUGUCACUGCAUAGUAUCUUAAUUAUUCAAAAUAUAUUGGCAACCAUAUUUUCUGUUUAGCAACCGAAAGCUGCUGCCUGGUGACCAGACUGACAACCACUUUUUAAAAGUUAGUUUUGAGCCCAGAGCAUCAAAAUACACUUAAAAGUACCAAAAGUUGAAAUACUCAUCAUGCAGAUUGGCUCAUUUUACAGUGAUAAAUAUAUUAUUGGAUAUAUUCAUGUUUAAGCAUCACUAUGUACUGCAGAGUCAGAUACUUUAUUUAUUUUACCCACCUGACGUCCUGCUGACUUCGGCGUCACAUCAGAAAAAUGCACAUUUACAACAGAUGUAUUUUGUUGUUCAGUUUGAGUUGUUGUGUUUAACAUCGUGCACCAGAUGGAGCCAUUUACGUUGGAUUCUUAUAUCAAGUUACCCACGUGAAGCAUCAUCAUACCUUUAAGUCACAUUUAUGCCAAGCAUCAUUUUACUUUGGUAGUCAAAGGUAGAGUGAUUAUUUCAUAUCAUAACAAGAAGAGAAAAGAUCAGAUCAGGGCCUGAAUUAAAUAACGUACUGUUUUAACAGUGAUAGAAAAAAACUGCUAAGAUGAGCGUUUUUUUAACUGAAGUAAAACUCCAAGCUAUGAGGUUCUUGUAUAACAUGAGCAAUAAAAGCACCUAAUUCAAAACCCUGAUACGCUUAAAUUAUUAAUGAUUCUUAAAGACGGUCUGAACGCUGUAUUAAUGAGGUGCAUGCAUAUUAAAUCAUGGUGUCUGCUGGUCUUAGAGGUUAUUUAUUCAACAUUAACUUUGACAAGCAUAGUUAAUAAAGUCUUGUUUAAUAUCUUAACUCUCAUAUUAAUUUGUCUCAUGUGGCACAUUAAGCUUUUCACCACUCAGUCAACAUUAUUUUUGUUUUAUCAGUGCAAAAUGUAUUUUUGAUGUUAUUGCUAAAAACU